GGAGCCAGGGCCUGAGGAAGGGGACGGGGAGGUGCUGGUCCUGAAGUGGAGACCCCUGCCUGUGGGCAGGAAGCUGAGGGUAGCUAUGGACUCCCAGUGACGGCCCGGCCAGCGCACCCAGUCUCCUGCGCAAUGGUAUUGUGAAGGGGGAUGCUUCCGGGGGCUCCUGCCCAGCUUUGGCUUUGUGGAUGAUGGGUGACGACGGACUCUCUGACCACCCCCAAUCCAUGGACUUUCUCAACAUCUGUUUGGGAGACAGCCUGCAGCCCAGCCCAGGAGUACCCCUGAGGGAAUGGAGCCUCCAACCUGAAUCGACUGGACCUUGCAGGGAACAGGCUCGGGCCUUUGGCCCUCCAGAUCCCAGCAGGCAAGAUGCCCUGGGGGGUCAGGUGGAAGAGCCCACCCACCUGGAGAGCUGCUGUUCUGAAGGGGAGCUCCGGCAGAGCACAACACCCCCUGGGCUGCCCGGAGGCAACUCCCAGCAUAGCCAAAGCACGUCAGCCCAGGUCAUGUUCUGGGCUGGCAUCCUUCAGGCCCAGAUGUGUGUGUUGGACCUGGAGGAGGAGCUAGAGAAGACAGAAGGGGGGCUCAGGGCUGAGCUGAGAUGCUGCAUCCCCACAGCCCCAGGGGGCCUCCCCACCUUCCCCUCCAGCCCGGCUAGUCCCCAAGACUCGGGCCUCCAACCGAGGCCCCCGCCCAUGGAGGAGGACACGGGGGACGACAGCAGCGGGCCCGAGGAGAGCCACGGGUGGCCGAGGGAGGCCAUAGCAGGGUUGUGCCCUGAGUGGAGUCCCGAGGAGGAGAGCCUGUUCUUCGACAACCCUCUCUUUCUGGAGAGCCCUUGCUCCGAGACUUCUGGAGAGCUUUUUUCCUGGGGGUUCCCAAACGCCCUGAAGGAUGGGAGGCCGGGGCCUGAGAGCUUGCAGAUGCAAGAAGCCUCUUUCCCAGGAGGCGAAGUCUCCUGGGAGCUGGAAAGGGAGCUGGAUUUGGAAGAUGGUGCCACUGGGUCCAGUGGGCACAGCACCCCUCCGUUCCCUAUGCCCAUCUACAGAGUCCACUCCCUCUCCUGGCCCACAGAGGGUGCCACCGAGGGAGCACCCAGGACACUCCCUGGCCAGGCGGAUAAUGAGGAUCCCUCUGGAGAGAGAGCUGGUCCUGCAUUAGCGACGACAUCCUGGGAGGACAGUGCAUCGGCCUGGGAGUCAGGAUGCUUAGGAUCUGGCUCCAGCCCUGCCACUCACCUUGCACAACCUUUGCGUCUUCCGGGCUCAAGCAACCCUCUCGGCUUUCUUCCACUGGCCGUGCCCUGCCCCGAGGGCCGGCAGGCUGACGAGGAUUCUUCCUGGCUCCACGUGUCCCCCUGCUCCCUGGACAGAGGGGAGGGUGAUGACGAGGGUCUGCAGGAGUCUGCCAUCAGCACCGACCCUUACUUCUGCGAGAGCCCAGCCUCUUCCCUGGAGCAUAGCCUCCCAGAGUCUGAGAGCGGAGGUCUUGGCCCCUGGCCCAGCCCAGUGGCCUCCCAGGAGGGGAGCCCGGAGCUUCCACACCAGCACCUGGACGGUGUUUUCCCCAAGUGGACGCUGGAUGCUUCACAUCUUCCAUGCCUGGAGACAGGGGGUGCAGAGCCCCCUCCCCUGGAGGCAGGGGAGCCCCGGAGCCCAGGGGAAGCAGUGAAGAAUGAAUACACAGCCAGGAGUGAAGAGUCCAGUGCUGUCCAGCUGGACACUCGCUCGGCUUCCACAGAAGGGUUUCUUGAGAGCCCCGUGCCCCAAGCACAGACCCUGGAAGAAGGCCAGAGGCCGCAGGCUGGAGACAAGCUGGCUAACGGUGUCAGCACGGACCAGGUGGCCUGGAACUUGGCCUCACGCCUCUAUCAUCUGGAGGGGUUCCGGAAGUCAGAAGUGGCUGCCUACCUGCGGAAGAACAACGACUUCAGCAGAGCUGUAGCCGAGGAGUACUUGUCCUUCUUCCAGUUUGGAGGCCAGAGCCUGGAUCGCGCCCUCCGGGGCUUCCUGCAGGCCCUGGUACUCAGCGGGGAGACUCAGGAGCGGGAGCGGAUCCUCUACCAGUUCUCCAAGCGCUUCCACCACUGCAAUCCCGCGGUCUUCUCGUCAGUGGAUUCUGUGCACACCCUGACCUGCGCCAUCAUGCUUCUUAACACGGACCUGCACGGACAGAACCUUGGGAAAAGCAUGAGCUGCCAAGCAUUCAUCACCAACCUGAACGGCCUGCAGGAUGGAGCCAACUUUCCCAAAGAACUGCUCAAGGCCUUCUACUGGUCUAUCCGAAGUGAGAAGCUCGAGUGGGCCAUGGAUGAAGAAGAUGCAGCCAGACCUGAGAAGGCCAAGCUCUCUCCCCCAGCAGGCAAGAUGAGCAGCCCCUUCCUCCAGCUCGCCCAGGACCCCACAGUGCCCACCUACAAGCAGGGCAUCCUGGCCCGGAAGAUGCAUCAUGACGCGGAUGGCAAGAAGACCCCUUGGGGCAAGCGCGGCUGGAAGAUGUUCCACACCUUACUGCGAGGAAUGGUGCUCUAUUUCCUGAAGGGAGAGGACCACUGCCUGGACGGGGAGAGUUUGGUGGGACAGAUGGUGGACGAGCCCGUGGGGGUGCACCACUCACUGGCCACCCCUGCCUCCCAUUACACCAAGAAGCCGCACGUCUUCCAGCUGCGUACCGCCGACUGGCGCCUCUACCUCUUCCAGACACCCACCGCCAAGGAGAUGAGUUCCUGGAUCGCACGCAUCAACCUGGCCGCAGCCAUACACUCGGCGCCACCCUUCCCUGCUGCAGUGGGCUCCCAGCGCCGAUUCGUGCGGCCCAUCCUCCCCAUGGGCCCGGCCCAGAGCUCCCUGGAGGAGCAGCAUCGGUCCCACGAGAGCUGCCUGGACGCUGCCUCGGACGACCUGCUGGAUCUGCAGAGAAACUUACCCGAGCGGCGGGGCCGCAGCCGCGAGCUGGAGGAUUACCGUUUGCGGAAGGAGUACCUAGAGUACGAGAAAACCCGCUAUGAGACCUACGUGCAGCUUCUGGUAGCCCGUCUGCACUGUCCCACUGAGGACCUGGAGCCGUGGGAGGAGCAGCUGGGGAAGGAGGCCGGAGGCCCCCAGGAGCCCAAGCCCAGCCUGAAGAAGUCCCACUCGAGCCCCUCGCUGCACCAGGACGAGGCCCCCACCACGGCCAAGGUGAAGCGCAAUAUCUCGGAGCGCAGAACUUACCGGAAGAUCAUCCCCAAGCGGAACCGCAAUCAGCUGUGAAGGGGCAGCACAGGCCCAAGCAGCGUCGCCUCUCAGACCCCGGCCGCUGCUCUGGUGUCCACAGGAGGGGCAACCUGAAGAAGCCUUAUGGCAAUGAGUUCAUGCCUUGGGGUGAGGUGCCUCCCCCUUCCCAGCCAGGGUGGGGGCCGUGUGGGACGGCCACCCCUCAUUCUCCCGGGGUCUUCUUUCCUAAUACUGUUGGGCCCACUUUCCUUCAGAGUCUCUCCACACUCGGCCAGGCCCUAGUCUCUCCUGAGCAGGGAUGAGCCCUUGACUCUGUUCCCAGAGGCCUUCGAGCUGCUGCUGCCCUCCUUAGACCGGAUCCAGAGCUGCCCACUUCCCGGGCCUGGGGAGGAGCUCAGUCCUUGUUUGGGAAUCGGCAUCAGUAGACCCCUGGGUUUCUGGGAGAUAGAAAGGAGCAGCAGAGGCCUCUGGGAAGUCACAGGAGGGGAGGUGGAGCCCUGGGCCCUGAGCAUGGUCUUGCUUUAGGAAUGAGGAGCCCUGCUGGAGGAGGGCCCAGGGGGGAAGCUGUCCAGCAGCCAAGAGGGCAUUCUCUGGGCAGGGGCAGGGGCAGGGCCUGUGGCAAGCUCCCAACUCCAGGAGGCUGGCUCUGGGGCUUUAUGUCUUAGUCUCCUGCCUCUAUUACUUCGCCCCUCCCUCCAUCAAAUGAUGGAGGGCCUGAACUCACGCUCCCAAUUCUAACCCGCAGAGCAGAGCAGAGAGCUGGGAGUGAGGGCCGGAAGAGGUGGCGGGUUGGCAGAGCCCCGGGGCCCUGAGAACAAGGGGCCUUUGUUUCCUGGGAGCAGGGAAGGAGGUUAUCUAGGUUCAUGCUUCUAGGGAGGGUGGUCAAAGGGGGCAACAGUUGGGGGUAGGGUUAGGGUCCCCCCAGGCUGGAGCCACAGCUGAGGAGAUUUGUGACGGUUGGAGUCGCGGGGAGGUUGGUCUAGGCAACCAGGUGAGGCCCAGGUCAGGCUUGGGAUAGCCUGUGGUUCAGCUGGUCUGGGAAAACUCCACCAUGCUCAUCCCCCACCCCGCCCUGCCCUUGUCACAGACCACAUCAUCCUUAGAAGCACCACUCCUGUGAGGUACUAAGCCUCCCUCUCUGCUCCCUGCCUACCCCCUUGGCCAGCCCACAGGGGGGUUAGCUGCCCUCCCCUGAGAAGUCCCAGGGCACUGCCCUCUGGCUGUCACCCAGCUGGGCCUGUUGUCUGGGGGAGGUUCUGAGGCUCAAGGACCCGAGGCUCAGCCUGUGGGAAGGAGGCUGGGCCGGAGGGAGUAGCCACCAUUGUCUCUGUUCAGCCAAGUGUGCGACCAGAGCCGCCUGCUGGCUGCUGCCCUGCCUGUCCAGCGUUCCUGGGCCCACCCCACCCCCUCCGACGCCUGUUACCCGGCCCUCAGCUGAAGCUGUGUCGGUCUGACUGGGCCAUACACCCAAUGGGUGCGCAAUAAAUGCAA